CGGCAAUAGACGGUCGCGGUCUACUCGUCUCUACACUUCUCUGCCAGUUAGCUAUUGGAAACUAGUGCCGCUUCGUGCUCCACAAAAAUCUACUCCGUGAAAGAGUGUAUAGAGGCCAUAAUGGCAACGUCACAGUCAGGCGGAGGGGAUAGCAAUCCACCGGUGUUGAGUUAUGACUAUCAGUGCGAGAGCUGCAGUCACAAGUGGCAAGAUUUGUCGCAUCAAGAAAUCGGCCUAGUGUGCUCCAAAUGCCAAAGUUCCCGGAUCCGUGUGCCCAGCAAGCGGGGAACCUACAAGUACAAAUGCGAGAAGUGCGAUAUCAAGUGGAAGAAAAAGAACUCAAUGGGUGGGACCUCGUUUUGCCCAAAAUGCAAAAGUGGGAUCCCCACUUAUCCGUACAAAUUCAAGCCAGAUGCGCCAAAGAGAAUGUUUGGAGAGUUUACCUGUUCAGCGUGUGACCGUUCAUGGAAAAGCGGGAAUGCCUGGGAGGGACGCAAGCAGCAGUGCCAGGAUUGCUCGACUUGGAACCUGCCAGUGACCCUCCGGCCGCUAAGACCACCUCUACACUUCCGCGCUAUCCAGAAACCUCAUCCAGAGGACAAGUGUGAGCGAUGCAAGGAGCUUGGGUACAACUGCCGCAGUGCUCCGACUGCAGCUAGCACCGAAGCGGAGGACGAGAGCGUCAUUUCUACCAGUGACAGCAGUGUUGUGAUGCCCUCCAACGACAGAGAGGGAAGCGAUGUAACACCCGUGCCCAGCGAUCACGGCUCUGAUGUCGCGGAUAUUGACGAACUAGUUGAUGAGCUAGAGGAGCUUGAGCUCCAAUAAGCAACUCAUAGGCACACACACACUGUGCCUUUGUUGUGAAUGUUUGCUUUGCUUUUGCUUUGCUUUUGCCUUGCUUUCAACAUCACAUAUAAUUAGUAUAUGGGUGUACCCUACAAUGAGUUGUACACAAUUAUGACAAUGGUACUGGUGCUAAUCUAAUUGCUAUAAACACGUGUGAAAUGCAUUAGCCACAAGCAGAUUCUCUACACACGUGCAUUUUAAGCUAAUGCGUUUCCGGUGAGUU